AUGGCGGGUGAAGAGGGGACGGUGAAGAAGAGGGUGGUGACGGAAUCACUGGGAUGGCUAACGGAAUCGUCGAUAAUGCCGAAGAAGCACCGAGCCAUAGCGGGCGUUGGCGCCUCUUCAAUCGUGGAAUUGAAGGCCGAACUCUACAAGUCUCAGGAAGAUUCCAGAAAGUCACGGGAAUUGGCAGGUCCCGAUGUCGAGUAUCAACGGGCCAAGAGCAAAAUCGCUCCCAAAGACCCAUUAUCUGUCAAAAAUCGCGGCGUUGAUGCGCGCGCUCACAAGGACAAGCUGGAGUUGAAAGCAGUGCGCGAUGGAACGACGAGCUAUGUGGCGCUGGAGAGGAAGGCUGAGUUGUAUGAGAAGUUGGUGAAGGGAGAGUUGUCUGACGAAGAGGAUCAAGAGAAGUAUUGUGUGGACUUUUUCCGUAAGAGCAUUGAGCAUGAUGAGUUGCCGCCGCCGCUGCCGCCACCAGGCCGUGAUGUGUUGCUAGAAAAUGUUGAUGGUGCUGUUAAGGAUGACGAUGAUGGUGACGCUUCCUUGCAGUUUAACUUGAAUGCUGUUGGGCCUGGGCGAACGGUUGGAGAUUUUGACAGUGCUGAUUAUAAGCGCAAUAUUAGGGAAGUUCAUGAAGAAGUUAAUCGAGCCAGAGAGAAGGCUUCGGAAAUUAAACUCCGAAGGCAGGAGCAGGUGGCUGCUCAUCGUGAGAAACUCAAACAAGCCUAUCUUCGAAAGAAAUUGGAACAAUUGAAAGCCUCAUCAGUUAUAUCUGGAUCAGAAAAUAAAUAA